GCCGUUGAUGAUGAUGCAAUUUUAUAUCUCUGGCAGGUGUUAAAAUAAAGGAUUAUGCAGGGAAGCAGGAAGGACGGGCAGGGACAGUGGUACAGACAGCAGAAACCCAAAGCUUUUGUCAGCUGAAAUUCGCUUUUGGUAUAAAACCAAUGACAGGGGACGGCAGAAUCCACAGUUUUACAGUUGCUGCAUACACACAGCAAGGUGAACGUGAACCACAACGAAGACAACCAACAAACCAAAGCUCAAAGAUGAAUAUCCUGUCGCUGGUUUUUCUGCUUUUCAUUGCCGGCUGUGCCCUGGCCAAGAAUAUCAGCAUUGAUCAGCAUGGACAACGGGUGUAUAGGGAUCAGGUGGAAGACGACAAGUGCCACUAUCACUGCACGGAGAGGGAUCCUUCCGUCUGCGCCACCAACGGACAGUGCCUGCUAAAGUUUGAGAGCCGCUGCAGCAUGGCCGCCUACAACUGCCGCAAUCCCCAGAAGCACUUCAGCAUUGUGGAAGAUCACCGCUGCACGAAGGACUGGGAGCCCAGGUGCCUGGAGUCGGAUCUCAGAGAGUUUGGAUUGUAGAAGCGGUUUUGGUUAUGAGGUUGUAGCAUUCAAGGAAUAAAUACAUGAAACUA